UCGUCCCGCUGUCCGUCAACAACACACACGAUCAGAUUAGCCUUGUCUGUAGUUGCAUAGCUUUCAUCCUCUCUUAAACCGAAUAUACCUACCGAACGCCCGUCAUGGCUACCGUUACGGAAGCGGUCAAGGAGUCCCUCCUCGGCAGCGAGCAUCCCGUUCUCUUGUCGGAAGAGACUAAGCGAUUGUUCGAUCGCUAUGCUACACACAAUGCCCCAUCGGGAGAGAGGGUGAUGACCAAAGACGACUUCAUUGGUGCAAUUGCCCCGUCGAAAGCCAACUACCACAAGAUCCAACGCGAGCAGUACGGGGUGCUCUUCGAUGUCGCCGAUCGACGAAAGGAGGGUUACCUUUCCCUUAAGGAGUGGGCCGCGUUUGAGUUCCUGUUGGUGAAGCCCGAUGCCGAAUACCAGAUUGCGUUCCGGUUGUUUGAUGUCGAGGGCAAGGGGGUUGUCAAGUUUGAUGACUUUGUGGAGCUGUACAAGAAGUACAAGGGAGAGGAUACCAUCCCAUUCAACUGGGACAGCGACUGGGCGGCACUUUACAUGGGCGGCAAGAACAGCCGACACGAGCUCACGUAUCCGCAGUUCUCGCAGAUGAUGCGGGCUCUCCAGGGCGAGAAAGUCCGACAGGCGUUUCGCCGGUUCGAUAAGCAAGGCUCUGGCUUUGUUGAGCCGGAGGAGUUCCAGCGCAUCAUCUUGGAGACGUCGGGCCACAAGCUCUCCGACCACGUUUUGGAGAACCUUCACACGCUGAGCAACAUCGGAACUGGCUCGAAGAUCAGUUACUCCAACGUCCGCGCGUUCCAGAAUGUCAUCCGGGAGAUGGAUAUGAUCGACACCAUCGUCAGAAGCGCAACCACCAAGUCCAGCGACGGCAAGAUUACCAAGAGUGAUUUCCUGAACGAGGCUGCUAGGAUCACCCGAUUCUCUCACUUCACUCCCAUGGAGGCCGACAUCCUUUUCCAUUUCGCUGGACUUGAUAGCAUCACGGACCGUCUUUCGUGGAAGGAGUUUAGCCGUGUGCUUGAUCCACUCUGGAGGGAUCCCCACAUGACCGUUCACAUACCUUCUACUAGUGCCAUGCCCUCUGUCUCUUCCAUCAGUCAUGGCGAGGGCUUCCUCGGACAGGCUCUUGAGUCUGCUUACAAUUUCGGAUUGGGCGCCAUUGCCGGUGCGUUCGGUGCCACUGUGGUGUAUCCGAUCGAUCUUGUCAAGACUCGCAUGCAGAACCAGAGAAGCAAAGUUGUCGGAGAGAUGAUGUACAAGAACUCGCUGGAUUGCGCCAAGAAGGUGGUCCGCAACGAGGGAUUCCGUGGCCUUUACAGCGGUCUAGGGCCUCAGUUGAUUGGUGUUGCUCCCGAAAAAGCGAUCAAGCUCACAGUCAACGACAUGGUGAGAAACAGGGCAACCGACAAGGACGGAAACAUCACAUUUGGUUGGGAGAUGAUUGCCGGUGGUGCUGCUGGCGGUUGUCAGGUUGUGUUCACCAACCCUCUCGAGAUCGUCAAAAUCCGUCUCCAGAUCCAAGGAGAAGUCGCAAAGACGGUGGAGGGCGUUCCCCGUCGAUCAGCUCUAUGGAUUGUUCAGAACCUCGGAUUGGUCGGUCUCUACAAGGGUGCCAGCGCAUGUCUCCUCCGCGACGUGCCAUUUUCGGCAAUCUACUUCCCCGCGUAUGCCCAUCUCAAGAAGGAUUGGUUCGGCGAGUCGCCGACUAAGAGCUUGGGGCUUUUCCAGCUUCUCUCGGCCGGUGCGAUUGCAGGAAUGCCCGCUGCCUACCUUACCACCCCUUGCGACGUGAUCAAAACUCGACUGCAGGUCGAAGCCCGCAAGGGCCAGACCAGUUACCGUGGCUUGGUUCACUGCGCAACUACCGUUUGGAGGGAAGAAGGAUUCAAGGCAUUCUUCAAGGGCGGUCCCGCGCGUAUCAUGCGUAGUUCCCCGCAAUUUGGAUGUACUCUUGCUGCAUACGAGCUUCUCAAGACCACCGUGCCAUUCCCCGGAAAGGCUGUGGACCAGGAUUCCAUGACCGGAGCGUCCAAGCCCUCGAUACGACCCAUCGAGGACCACAGUCCCCUGAGUGUACUUCGCAGCAGAAACGCCAUGAAGAUCCUCCUGGACUUGGACCACAGCUUUGGCCGCGUCAAGAUGCCUCAGACCAAAGAAACAUGGGAGGGCCUGCCCGGCGCAAGGAGGGCAUAAUCAACCGUGACAGAACCACAGCAACAAAACAUACACACAACACACACACUCUCUCUCUUUACUUGGGGUUUCUUCCUUUCUCUGUUCGGGAGUUUUUAUUUUCGUGGUUUCUUCCCAGCGUUUUCCUUUUUUCUCCUUCUUUUUUGUGCGUCGGUCUGGGUUUGGUUCUGUAUGGUUUAGCUGGAUUGUUCGUUAGGGGGGCUUUAUAUCCUGCUG